AUGUCUGACUGCUCCGAUCCAGCCAUCCGUGAAGCUUACGAAGAAGUUCGCAAGGAUGUUGUCGAUACAAACUGGCUUCUCAUCACAUACGCCGAGGGCUCUGACAAGGUUUGGACACUCGUCGGCAAGGGCAAUGGUGGCCUCGAUGAAUUAAAGGAACACCUUAACGAGAACUUCCGUGGCUUCGGCUACCUCCGCUGCACAACUGGUGAUGAGCUUUCUGUUCGCUCAAAGUUCGUCUUCAUCACAUUCUGCGGUGGGAAGGUUCGCCUUAUCCACAGAACAAAGCUUACAGUCCACAAGGCUGAUGUUCUCCGUGUUAUCGAGCAAGUCUCCAUCUCUGUCGAUGCUUCAUCAACUGAGGAACUUACACAGGACGACAUCAACGCUCGCCUUAACAAGGCAGGUGGUGCCCACUACAACUAA